UUUUGUGAUGGAGCUGCGUUCUCUGAAGAUUGCAGCUCCCUCCUGGUUAGUCAUUGACAGAGGGAGGGAGGGUGGAGGAGGAAGCGGGAGAAAGGAUGCUGUCUGACUAAUGUAAUUUGAUCUUUCAAACAUUAACACACACACACACACACACACACUUCUUGUCAAAGUAGGUAGCGGUGAACAGAUAAGACUAUGGGCGAUAGGGUGCCCUCAUGUAGAUGCGUAUAAAUGUGCCAUUGGAAGUUUUAAGUAACUAAGCAAAUGUCUCCUUAACACCAAAAAAUGCCAAGGCGUCACACGCGGCUAAACCUCCCUCCUUUAUUUUCCAUUCCCAAAAAUAAUGAAUUGCCCAAACAGGACCCUAAUAUUUCUGCCACAUGUCUGAGGCUCUCACGAAUCCACACCAGACUUCCCAACAAAGAUCAGAGCACCACCCAGGAGAGAAAACAAUCCAACCCUCAGCGCAUUCUGUCAAACAUCUUGUCACAGCUGAGUAGCAAGGAAAGCACAGAGGGAGAAGAUGAAGACCUUUGGAGAACAAAAUUCAGGAAAAAAACCAAGACAAAAGAGAGAGGUUCAACAGAAGCCUGCGGUCCAGAUGAUACACUUCAAGUAACCCAAUUGCCAAUUUUGGCAAGAAAAUCAACAAUAAAUGAAUGUCGGAAUGAGUUUCGGAAAGAGCUGAAAAGAAAUAAAGAAUGUACACCACUGUCAACUGUGAUUGUAAGGUGGUCAGUAAGGAAAGACAUGCCUGAUACAUUGUACAGAUGGUUCAUCCUCCAAGACCUGUGCAAAUAUGGACCCAUUGAGUCAGUAAUCUUUUCUGGACACAGAUGUGCCCAAGUUGUGUUCAGUGAUAUGCUAUCAGCGUGCAAAGCAAUUAACACCCAUUCGGCUAGAGUUCCAGAACAGCUUUACCAUUGUUUCUGGUAUUAUCCAUUUAUGAUGCAAAAUUACAGACUUUAA